GGGCUCCAUGAGGCCUUGGCCUAGGCAGGAUUGUUUCCCACACUUGUCAUCUCCCCAUACAGUCACUUCCCCAAACACUGGGCUGCAGGCUCUGGUAUAUGUAAAAGUUCAAAGGCAAAAGUCAGCCCUUCCGCUCUCCCCGAGUGGGUGGCCCCACCCCUCUCAGAGUGGGCGGGGACAGGAGUUGCAGGGGCAGCUUUCCUUGGGAUGCCACAGGUCUCUCUGGAGCUGCCUAGCCACGCCUCCUUUCCUUUCAUCUUUCUCAUGACCAAUGGGAUUGGAGCAUGAAGGCCACGCCCCUGUUCUACAUUCUAGUGUGGCCCUGGUUACGCCUCCUCUGUCUCAGACACACAGCUGCCUGGUAGAGGAGUGGAGCUGCUUACCAGUGCUCCUUUGAAUUGUGCUGAUGUGGCCCCAACCCCACCUCCCUCCCCAACCCCACCUCCCUCCCCCACCCACCAUGUCGAUGUCAGAAGAAAUUCGCAAGAUGAUAGCCUCGGCUAGGAAAAAGUUAAAAGAAUUUCAACAAAGAAACAGUCCUGCUGCUCCAUCUCGAGUGAGAAGAAGAAAGAAAAGAAACAACAGUAGCCAUGAGACAUCCGCUUCUGAUGGUUGCCAGUCACCAUGCCAUUCAGCAGCAGGUGGUCACAAGGAGGGCACUGCACCGUGUGCCACCAUGAAAGGUCCAGAGCCCUCGAGCCGCCGUGAAGCAGUCCUUGAGCAGCAGGUACAGCAGUUUCUACAGGAGCGGGAACUGCUAAAAGCGCAGGUGGCAGAGGUGACGGAGUGUCUUAAGAAAGCUCAGCUAGAAAGAGACGCUUACGCUCAACAACUCAAAACACAGAAGGCGCAGUGGCAGCAGAAAAUCCUCACAAUGGCAGGAGAAAUUGAAAUAUUCAAAAUGGAGAAAAGUCAAGAUGCAAUGAAAAUCGAGAAGCUGAAGGGGAGCCUUGCCCACCUACAAAACCUUCUGGCUGAACCCCUGAUCCUGAAGCACCGACAGGGCCCUCUGACUUGGAAAGAAAACCUAAAAACUGAGACCAAGUACCUGAGAGAUGAGCCACGGGAACAGGAGAGACUGCAGGAGGCAAAAAUGAGGCUCUCGGAGACGGAGGUGCCAUUUCUGAACGCUGCUAAAGCCAGUGCCCAGGAGGAGCAGGCACGGCUCUGUGAGCAGCUCCAGAAACAACAGGUGUGCUGCCAGCACCAGGCUCAGCUGGGGGCCUCGGCCCUGAAGGAGCCAGAGGCAGCGGCCACAGCCACAGGGACUGGGAGCGAGUCUGGGUGUGGGGAGACCCAGCGGGCCCUGCAGGCAGCUCUUGACCAGCUGCAGAGAGACUUCAUGGACAUUUUGAAGGAGAAUUCAUACCUGAAGGAGCAGGUGGAAAAACUAGAGCUCGGAUUCAUUCAGCUCUCUGGAGAGAGAGACAUGAUAAGAAAGUCCAUCAAACCAAAUGACCGUCAGAGGGCAGUGGCCAAAACCCAGCACCAGAAGAACGAUGUUAGCAUGCUGUCGCAGGCCGAGGAGGGGAUGAAGGUAAAGCUGCUGGAGCUGCAGGGGCCAGUGAUGCAGCUUAUGAUCGACCAUGAGGUCGUCCAGCACCCUGCUAAUGAGCCCACUCCAGGGGCCCCAGCCCCCCAGGAGCCUGGUGCUGCUGACAAGGAUGAACUUUGUGAAGUGAUCCUCACUGACAGCCUGCAGCCUGCAGGAGGGGGGGUACACCACAACCCCACUGCACAGCAGAUGGCACAUGGCUUUGUGAGCUGCAGGACAGCCAGCAACACCGACCCUUGGGCAGCAGUCCCUCCACGCCAUGCUUUUACCAGGCUGUGGGCGAAGGAGCAGGUAAACAUCACGAUCAGCUAAGAGCUGGCCCAGAAGUUUACAAACAAACAAAGUUAUAGGGUUAGUCUUCACGUUUACUUCAUUUGAAUGUUAGAGCCACUUAGGAUGAUUUGUGUUUCUAAUCUAUAGUUUAUUUGUAAAAAGUUAAAGGAGAGUGGGUCUUCCUGUAGCUUUCACUGAUGUUCACUUUGGCAUUUUUUAGAAUUUUUCAUUUUUAAUUUGAUAAUCAUAGGUCAUUAGCAUGCCUAUCGAGUUUGCCCUUAUGUGGUGGGAGUUCAAACACACAAAGACCCACUAUUGGCACAAAACUAUCCUCGCUAGUUUGGAAUAGGCUGCCAUGGUUAUUUAAUGUUAUUGAAGCAUGUGUAUUCAUUAUGGAAUUCAGAUACAAUUUGCUUAUGUUCUGCUAUGAUAUUUGAUCAAAUCCUAUUUACAGUGAGCUCUUAAUUAGCUCAAUAUGUGCUUUUCCCUCACGUGCACACUGUUUAUUUCUUUGUAAGGUGCUACUGUGGGUACUGACAUUUAGAGUUGUUGAAAGGCCGAGAACCGGAAACAGCUUUUCUUCCAUGUUCUGUGUAUUGCAAAUGGGAGUAAUAACAUUUUGGGGAGCUUUUAAAAUCUCACAGAAGAGGAAAGCAGCCUGCUCUGGCUGGUAUGUGCAGAAUAGAGUAGUUCAUUGGUUCCCAUGCCAAGAAUGAGCGCUGCGCUAUGGUAGUUCUUUUAGGGUUUUUCUGUGCUCUGGGCUCAUGAAGACACUGCAUGAUGAGCUGCAGCAGCUGUACUCUUUUUUAUGACCUACAAAGAGAUGAUUUCUGAGGAAUAAAAGGCUCCCAUCUUUGAUGGUGGUUGUGGAAAACCUUUCCUAGCUUAGAGCAUUUACAUCUAUAAUACAUUGUAAAGUCAGAGAUCAUGUUACCUGUUUUAAUCCCCUGACUCUAAGUCUCAGUACACAAAAGGGCACUGGUUGGCAUUCUUCUUAAUGUAUUUAGUAAAGGUCAUAAGAAAUCCUUUAAGAUAAAGUGUAAUUUAUAUAUAUAUACAUAUAUAUUAUAUACAGGAAUGGAAAUUUGUAUCUUAGAAUGGAUAGGCACUAAAUAUUGAUGACUGAACAGUUAAUGUUUUAGGACACUUGGUAUAGUGAGUGCCUUGCACACAGAAAAAGACCACGGAUGAGAUUAUCCUUUGUAUCAUUUCACAGUUUUAAAAAUUGCUAUUGAUUACAGUUCACAUAGCAAGUUGCUGAUAAAAUGUCUGUUUUCAUAAAACAUCUCCAACAACAACAAAAUCCUUUCAGAGUUUAAAUGUCCAGAAAAAAAAUAAAAAUUUUAAUAAAAAAUUUAAAAAAGUUUAAAUGUCCCUGGAACAGGCACACAGGGUGUAGUCAAGAAUGAACUAGAGUGCAGGAAAGCCGUGUGACACCCGGCGUCCCUCUGUGUUCACGGAGCUUCUUUGAGGCGAGACUGACUUGACCGUCCAGACUUCUCUGGCUAAUACCUAUUCUUCAACCACCUUGGUUACUCUGACAUAGGAAUUGCCUUGUUUUUCUUCAACGAAAAGGACUUUAAGCAAUCAUCACAAACAAAAAAAUACUAAUCACAAACGUUAUUAUAAACUAAUAUAUGUGAGAGUACUUGGCUGAAAAAUAAGAGUUUCAGUAGACAGAAUUGUACUAUAUUUGACAAUCAAAGAGAAGUUUAUGCAACGUAAAAUGUUUAUAGCCUGCAGUGCCAUCUACUGUUUGUGAAUGUCAAUGUAUUAUCAGGAAAAGUGUCUAACAAUCACAGAGUUCUAUUUCCUCAGCAAGUUCUUUACCAAGAGAAAAAUAUGUUUUUAUACCUUUUAGUCUCAGUUAGAGGCACAUUUUGUUCAAGAUUUAUGUUAAUGUGUCUCUGCAUUAUGAAUGAAUUCUUUCAGUCAGACAUUGCAUAAAUCAUAACUUUAUGAUGCUUGGGACAGAAUCAACAGUUGAAACUUCAUGAAGUUCUAAUGUUCGUGUACCAAAAUACCUCCCAUUGUUAGGAUGGAGGGAGAUAUGCAUGUGUGCUCCCUGAAGGGGAGAUUCCUAAUUACUGACCAUCUCCACGUUUAGCAUUUGGUAUCUUCAUGAUACUUUCAUAAAUAUGACAUCAAUAGGAGAGCACUCAUACAAUUUGACAGAUGGAAUAACACAUUUGCCUGCAUUCCCUGAAAGAGUGCAAAUAUUGGGUCCUGGUGAUUUGAACUGACUCUUCCAAAUUGUAGGGAUUUAUCAAUGUAUCAGAUAAACCCAGUUUCAGAACGAUCAAGGAGAAACGUUAGACCAAAUAAUGCGGCUAAUUAACAGUGGUAUGAUUUCUAGCCGGGGGGCUUAAAAUGGACUUAAAAUUCUGUUUUUUUAUUUCUGAACUUGCCGCUUUUGCAUUCUUUGAGUUCAGUUUAAAGACAGUUACUCUAAGUCCAUUUUCAGCCCUCAGGCUAGAAAUCGUACCACUGUUAAUCAGCCACAUUAUUUGGUCUAACAGUUUUUCUUAAUCAUUCUGAAACUGGGUUUAUCUAAUACAUUGAUAAAUUAUUUCAAAGGGAUUUUGAUAGUUCAAAUCACUUCACUUUUACCCUAAGAAAAACAAAUGACUAGGAAUGACCUUCAGAUAGUGUUUAGCAUCUGUACCCAAUCUGAUGAUAAUGUUCAUCAGGUACCUGUGGAGUAAAUCCCAUACAGGCAUGUUUAAGCUGAAUGGCAGUCAGGAAAAUACAUUUACUAUAUUAACCGAAAUAUCACUCUGAGUAGGCAUUUUGUCAUCUAUUUAAGACAAAUCUAAAAGAACGGAAAUCACAUGACAGUGACUUAAGUCUUUCUUCAAAGUGCACGUGAGUCUCCUGCAGUACUUCAUUCAGCCAAGUGUCUGUUCUCUUCCUCAUUCAGUAGAAGGCAGCUUUCAAUUGGCUUAGAAGGCAACAUCAGAAGGUUAGCGUUCAUCAAAAACACAGAAUUUUAAAAUGUGUGUUCAACUGACCAAAUUUGAAUUUCUGUAGGAAGAAUCAAAAUACCUGUUUAAAGACUGCAAUAUAUGAUAAUCAUUUUUAAAGGAUUUUAUUAAACCUGAUAGGUUUUCCAGAAAUGAAUAAAACUCAGUUCUAAAACCAAAGCUGAUUUUUAGAAAAUUUGAAAAUAUAAAUCAGUCCUAUCCUGUUCACAAUAUAGUUUCUCUAAAACUUUAUCUUAAAGAGUUAUUUUAAAAUAACUAUUAAAAAAAUAACUGGUCUCAAUGUUUUGAAAUUACUUAAAACAUUUAAAAAUAUGAAUAUUGCAGUUUAGAAGAAAUAGGGGGAAGGAAAAGUGAAGAAAUGCCAAUUCCAGUCCAAAGCUUUAGUUGCCAAGUUUCCUAAGAAUGACUUUUACCACUGUAUGAACUCCUGUGAACAGAAUGUAAGAUGGAAAUCCUGAGCCUUUUGUCUAAAGCGGCAAUACUGACUGCUGCUGUGAUGCUCCUGUGAUGUAAUAAAUUGUUCAGUUGCUGCAAAGCGCUGUUUUUGCCUUAAAAUUUUGUGCAUCUUGACAGCUAUGGUAUUAAAGGUAUUGAGACUGCAAACGCUGGGCACACUUGGCAUGAGAUAAUCUGUUUUUAUUUUUACAAAAUUGUAAUAUAACUAUGCAAGUGUGUUUAUUAAAAGAACACAAACUACUAAACGUUAUGGGAUUAAAAGUUACGAGAUAAAAAAAUCAUCAGAUAAAAAAUGUGGAAAAGUUGUGGCAAAAAAAUUUGUGGAUAAAAAGUAGAAAAAUUUUAGGAAAAGUAUAAAAUUUAUGAAAAGGAAGUUAUGAGAUUUUAAAAAUCAUCAUGGGGAUAGAAAUAAAAAUAAAUAAAAGCAGGCCCCUGUCAGCAAGGCCUGGAGAACAGUGGCUGGAGUCUCCGACCCCACCAUGUCCCUCCAACCCCUUCCCAGUCACCCCUUUAUUAUUAGUGUAGCAAGACAAGACCCCUGUCUAAUGGGGGGAGACAAACAGACCCUUUGCCACCUUGACCAGGGCUGAGUCCUUAAAUCUCUGGAUGAUAAUGGUUGUUGGUUGGUUUGGAGAAGGCCUGAUGGCCUCCUUCCUCUCACCAAAGGAACUUUUCCCUCAGGGGGCUCCCAUCUUAUUCAGAGAGGCAACUGAGGCAGGACAGUGGCACUAACUGUGGACCAGGCAAGGGCACAGGCUGCUGGGGAAUCCUCCCUUCUUCAGUGUACAUAUUGCAUCUGUGUAAGAUGUUGUAUAUUUUAGGGGUUUGUGGUGCCCCUUGUAUCAUACCUGGCAGAGGUUGGAGCUGGCACAUGGAGGAGGAUUUAAUAAUUAUUUGCGGCUGGGAAACUUAUUUAUUGAUAGCAGAGGACAGAGGAAGGAGGUGGGGAUGGGGCCGUGGCUCCCUGGUGAUGCAACUCCUGUUUAUUUUGCUUUUUAUUUUGGAAUAAAUGGAUGUAGUCACACUG